AUGGUGUCGACUCGGUCAGUGACCUGGACCUCUCUGCUCAUACAACUCGUCAUGUCAGUGGCUUGUCUCGUCGCAUCAAUGGCGGUAAUUGCUGCUAAACUCCAGUCCGUAUCUAUUUAUGAGGAUAAGCAGUACGUGAGUGUCGAAUGGUGGGCAUUCUCUUGUAUGAGUUUCGCGAUGAUUCUCGCCACCGUCGUCUCCAUGUUCGGUCUGUCAGGGAACAAAAAAUCACUACUUAUACCACACUUUUUUCUACUAUUCGUUUUCUGCGUUUUUGUGGCGCGAGUGAUUACCUCUGUAGUCUUUGAGCUCGACUUCUCGGAGCCGGAUUGGAUAUUUCGGAUUUCGGUACUUGCUCUGGCUGAAAUAUUUCUGAUCUGUUCUUUGCUGUGCGAAUUCCAAACGCUCAAUAGUCUGUGA